GAAUAUUAACAGUAACCUAGUUAACUUAAGAUAAGAUCAUUGGAAAAAAAACAACAUGAAAUUCUUUAUAAUCUUAACAUUACUCAUUUUCAUUUCCCUAACCACUUGCAAAAUCAUACACAUACCCACCGCCUUGCCACCCCAUAAAUGUGCCUACAGCUGUCCGAACUCUGAUCUGACACUAUGUGCCACUAAUGGCCAGUGUAAGCAGGAAUUUCAAGGAGAAUGCCUAAUGAGUGCCUACAAUUGUGAACAUCCUCAUAAACCGUUUGUUAUCAUUGAGGAUUGGAAGUGCAAACAGAGUGGUGCCGCAAAGUGUAGAGAAAAUGAGUUGGAAAUUUAAUAUAAAGGAAAAGUCAGACCUGCAGUUAGAUAGCUAUAGAACAAUAAUAACAAACACAUACAUACUUAGUUUGUAUAUGGAAAUUUUAAAUUAAUUAGAUAAACUUGGUGUAAAGCUGUACCAGUUUUAUUAUCUUAUGAUAUCUACUACUUGCAGUAGUAGUAUGUUGUUAAUAAAAGCUUAAAGCUACAUCUAAAAUUUAGAGUUUUAGACAAAGUAAAA